CUAAAACACGGCAGAGGCAGAGCUCAAAGCCUCAACCUUCUCUGUCGCAGCCUCUCGCCGGCCCUCAUCUCGUCGCCGCGCCGCUCGCAUCUUCCGCUGUGCUUCGCCGUGGCUUGGUUCUCUGUCUCCCUCUUUUCUGCGUGCAGCCAAACUGUUGAUCCUGUUUUAAUGUAGCUGCAAUGGUUAUUUUUUGCUGAUUCUGAGUUUCUGACCCUCUCUGCCUCGUGCUUCCUCUUGCUUUGGUUCUGUGAUCGGAAUACUGUGACAUUUUAUUGGAACACUGAGGCUUUGGUUCUGCUUCUGAACUUCUGCAGAGGUUGUGGCCGCAGAACUUUUAUUGAAUCAUGGAUGCUGUUUGAUGUACUGGUGACCUGACGACUUUGAUUGCAGCUGUAUGCCUGUAUUGGUGCAACGAUGCAUUUAAAGAAUUAAAGGUAUAGAAGCAGCUGUGGGUGUAAGUGGGAAGUGCGUGCAGAAUCAGUCUCUCUUUCACUGAUUCCAGACCCAGAAAGGGUUUAGCAAUGAAGAGGAGUUUUCCAUGGGAUGAGCCUGGUCAGAAUCCUGAUUCUUCUUCCAACAACAUUCCUCUCCCAAAUCCCUCCAUUGACCUCACCUCCCAAGAUAUACUCAUUAGACGGGCAGAAAUGUAUCAGGAGUACAUGAAGCAGAUACCAAUACCAAGUCAACGAGGCUCUGUCAUCCCGUUUAAUUCAUGGAUGGGAUUAGGCAAAUCAAUAAAGCAACUCUAUGGGCAGCCUCUCCAUUACCUCACAAAUGUUAUCCUUAAGCAAUGGGAUCAGUUGAGACUUAACAGCAAGGAUGAAUACAAACCCUUAGACAACUUGAUUCAUCCAACCAAAGCCGAAGCCACCAUUUGGCUCAUGGAAGAAGUCCAUCGACAGACGUCAUCGCAUUUUCAGAUUGCCGAACUUUGGAAGCUGGAUCCAAUGUACAAUUGUUCUGUUGAUGCCAUUUUUCCGACUUCAGAGAAUGUAUUGUGAAACCAGUUAGUUUAAAGGCUUUGUUAAGUAUCCUGCAAAAUGUUUACUUGCUUGGUUUUGGCAAAGAAAACUUGAACAACUCUCUUGAUCAUCUCGUCCCAAUUCUUUUGUUUGACUAGUCAUUUGUUUUGGGGCUUCUUUUUUCUGUUGUAUGUGAAUAUUCAAGUUCAAUUGUCAAGAGUAAAUUGAUUUGUCAAUCA